AUGUUGCACAUCAGUAUGGUCAGCGACAACUUCUAUCCUCAACCCGUGUAUGAACUUUCUGCCAUCCCUUCGUUCUCGACUAAUAUGAUUCAGAAACUCAUCGAUCGCGGUCACAAAGUCAUCGUCAUUACACACGCCUACGCUGGCCGGACAGGUGUUCGAUACCUGACGAAUGGACUCAAGGUCUACUACGUUCCUUUCUUCGUCAUCUAUCGAGAAACGACCUUUCCGACCGUCUUCUCCUUCUUCCCCGUCUUCCGGAACAUUGUCAUUCGCGAACGCAUCGAGAUUGUGCAUGGACACGCCAGUCUGAGCAGUCUGUGCCAUGAGGCCAUAUUGCAUGCCCGCACUAUGGGUCUGAGGACUGUCUUCACAGACCACAGUCUGUUUGGUUUUGCAGAUGCUGGGAGCAUUCUCACCAACAAGCUACUGAAGUUUACGCUCAGCGACGUUGACCAUAUCAUCUGCGUUAGCCAUACCUGCAAAGAGAAUACUGUUCUCAGAGCGUCACUGGAUCCGCUUAUGGUCUCCGUAAUCCCAAAUGCAGUGGUCGCCGAGAACUUCCGUCCCCUUUCGCACGACUCGAACGACCCCGACCGUCCCAUGGCUCCAGGGCCUCCACAGCCCAUGGGCCCAGAUGAGAUCAUAACAGUCAUUGUCAUCCAGCGACUAUACUAUAACAAGGGCACCGAUUUGCUCGUCGCAGCUAUACCGCACAUUCUUGCCGCACACCCCAAUGUUCGCUUCAUAAUUGCCGGCAAUGGCCCCAAAGCUAUCGACCUCGAACAGAUGAUAGAACGAAACGUCCUUCAAGAUAAAGUCCUCAUGAUAGGUCCUGUCCGCCAUGAGGAGGUACGAGACGUCAUGGUACAAGGCCAUAUUUACCUUUGUCCCUCGCUCACAGAGGCAUUCGGCACCGUCAUUGUAGAAGCCGCUUCGUGCGGUCUGUACGUCGUAGCAACUCGCGUUGGUGGUAUUCCGGAAGUCCUCCCUACGCACAUGACAGAAUUUGCUGCGCCCGAAGAAGACGACAUUGUCGAAGCUACUGGACGUGCCAUUGCCAAGCUACGACAAGGCAAAGUCAGGACAGAACUCUUUCACAACCAAGUCAAGCAAAUGUACUCGUGGACCGAUGUUGCACAGCGGACUGAGAGGGUGUACGAUGGUAUCAGUGGUGUCAUUAGCCAUACCGAGUUCUACCAGGGCGCAGGAGCAGCGGGUGGUUGGAGUGCUACGCGCGGCCGUGCUGGUGUGCAGAGUUUUGCACUCAUCGAGCGCUUGAAAAGGUACUAUGGCUGUGGUAUCUGGGCAGGCAAGCUUUUCUGCUUGAUCGAUAUCUGUAAAGACUGGCCGAAGAAGAUGGUCAAGGACCCUCCGAAGGCGAAGGGAAAAACCGUAGAUGUAGGAGAGGAUACAUCAGCGCUACAUGUGCAGCCACUUACCUUGCAGCCAUGGGAAUCAGAGACAUGUAAGCUCGCCGACCUUCUCAGCCCUUCUUUGUCCAACAAGGGACUAUCACCUAACUCUCCCCUACCACGCGAGAUCUCCGAGUCCAGGAACUGCCAAGUAGGCAUUCGUAUUCUCUUUACCAUCAAGCCUUACUUGAUCUACCCCAAGAGAUUCCCAGCCAUGAGACCGAUGCCCACACUUUUCAUUCUCAUGUUCGCGUUCCUCGCGUCGUCCAAGCCGCUUUCAGCUCCAUCGCUACUCACGCACAAUGGACUUGAGAAACGGCAGCAGUGUUUCGAUUGCUCGACUAGACUAGCUAGUUGCAGGAGGACGUAG